CGAUGUACUGGCUAUUUGGAUGGAAGGAAUGGAAAUAGGCCGGCCUUUCGUGUUGGCGGCCAUGAUUCAUCGAUGUAUCUUGAUUAAUACUCUAAUGAUCUGUACGACUGGAAUAUAUGAGUCUGUGGGGAUGACUGUUGGUCGCGUUGAUUUGAUUCGCAACAUUUAUGAUCAAUCAUUGCGAUUUUCCUAUUUCGUCUUAGUCUUGGGUAUUUAUUCUUCGUCCUUUUAGAAUUUAACCCACAGAAGCUUAACAACUUGCAACAAGAAUCCAUCCAUCCACAAACAUUUUUCACAAACCCAAAAAACAUCAGGUACAAUAACUUACUCCACCUCCGCUUUCAUGGAAGAUCACUAAUAAAUACCAUAGAUCUUAGCUCCCAUAGCAAACAACCAACCUCGAAGACUUCCUUUAUUCAGCAAGAUGUCUGGUCACCUAGUCGAACAUGGAAAUACCAUGAUGGCCGACGACAAAAAGUCCGAUUCAGAGUUCACCAUUUUCAAUAAGCUACCUUCCGAGAUUCGACAAAUGAUUUGGAAGGCGACUUUUCGUGGUAGAGCAGUCAAGAUCACCUUGGAAUGUCUCUAUCUUGCCGGAAAACACGGAAACAGAAAGCAGAGAGAGAAGGUAGUCUUUCACAACUCCGCGCCAUAUCCUCCGACUAUGUUCGUAAAUUGCGAAAGCCGAAUCACUACGUUGCUCUAUUAUACAAAGCCGUGCCCGUCAAACCCCGGAAAUCCAAUACUAUUCCACCCGAAAUUGGAUUCUGUCAUGGUGGCCUUCUCAAGUGAAAAUGACUCUGAAUGUUCAUACAACUGGGAUGGACAAAAAAGAGUGGCAUGUUGGGAUUGUCCUGCUUUAAUGCAGACUCUUCGGACCUUGUUUCUGCCUUGCUUGGAACUAUUUCAAAUGUAUGUGAGACAAAGUGGUGAUUUGAUACAGGAGUUUUUGGAAUGUUACGACGUGUUCAGUUUUCGAAACCUGGAACAUUUGAUCAUCUUUGGAGAUGGAAAGGAAGUGGUGCCUUUUGAUGGCCGACGUCGUGUUGACUACGAGGGGGUGAAAUUGCUUUUCGAGAAGGGGUUUCGGAAAAGAAAUCUGAAAGACAAGAAGCACAAGAUUCCAAAAAUCAUCUUCUAUCAUGGUCAGAUCGACCUUCUGCCGGGGUUUCAAGACGAGCUCAAUACUCUUCUUGGUUUGGAUCAUUAGUCUGCGAAAUCUCAAACAUUCGCUGAGCCUUAGAUAUUCAAAUGAAUGAAUCGUUG